AUGUCUACGCAGGAGCAGCAGCUCUGCCAGCUUUUGGCAGAGCUGCCUGCCCGGUUCGACAACCGUUACAGUGAGGAUGCAGCACGGGAACUCCUGACAAGCUUGUUUUGGUCUCUGGCGGGUGGCAACCAAGACUACAUGCGACUUCUGUUCCCCGAUGGCAAGCCUUCCGACAGCUUGAAGCUUGGCGAUGCCCAGGGCGCCGUCGAGGGCGUCGAGUACACCGAAGCAGCCCGCGGCAAGCGAUGCGGACACAUUUUCAAACCUGGCGAGGCCACCUACAUGUGCCGAACGUGCGGAACCGACGACACAUGCUGUCUCUGCGUCCGGUGCUACGACUCAACAGACCAUACCGGCCACAUGGUCCGGAUACACAUGUCUGUCGGAAAUAGCGGGUGCUGCGACUGCGGCGAUCACGAAGCGUGGAAGACGCCCUUGUUCUGCACGAUACAUUCGGACAUGAAACCUGGGCACGGCAAGGGCAAGGCCAAGGAAGCUGUCGGGCUGCCCGAUGACCUCCUGAACAGCCUCCGUAUGACUGUCGGACGCGUCUUUGACUAUAUUUGUGACGUUGUUUCCUGCUCCCCGGAACAGCUGAGGCAGAGCAAAACCAAGGAAUCAAUCUUGAGAGACGAGGAGGCGUCGCGGCUGACAUCUGUCUGUUACGGUCCAGAGGCCGCGUCCUGCAGCGACUUUGCCCUCAUAUUGUGGAAUGACGAGAAACACACAGUCCAGGAAGUCCAGGACCAGAUUGCUAGGGCAUGUAGGAAGACCAGACGACAGGCUGCUGCGGACGCCUGGGAGACCGAUGCUGUUGGGAGAAGCAUCUUGACCUAUUCAACCGACAUUGAUAGACUGCUUCAAAUGGCCAAGAUCAUGGAGGCCAUCAGAGUCACAGUUACGAUCAGGUCGGCGCGAGACACCUUCCGUGAACAAAUGUGCGGCACGCUUGUUGAGUGGCUAGGCGAUAUUUCAGGCUGCUCCAUUGGGCACGACAGUAAUAUUCUUAGGCGAACAGUCUGCGAUGAGAUGAUGAAAACGUGGCGUCAGGGGAGCCUUGCUUCGCACACGUCGUGUGUGAUUGACGACGAAGACGAAGACGAGCAGAGCAUGCCCAGGAUUCACGGCAUAAACGUUCGCUUCAUCAGGGCGCUACAGGCCGCAGUUGCCCCUGGCGGCAAUCUUGAAAUCAACAUCGACAUGGGCGAUGACGACGUGGAUCAGGACGACGAUGCAGACAUGGGCAACGACGACGACGGCCAGUCGCCCACUAGCUCAGUAGCGGGCGGCGAUGAGGACGAGGACGACGACGUCAUGAUGGUAGAUGCCAGGGGAGACGUUGGUGAUCUGGGUAUGAACUGGUCACAAUCGGACCAGGCUCUGGAAGAAGACGAGGCCACAAUGGCAGGCUAUCCUCCGCCUCCGCCUCCGCCGCCGGUUCAAGCAAGACCGGCACGACGAGAACGGGAUGGUACUCCUUCGGACUCCGAUACGGCUGAUCCUUUGAUCGUACCUGCGGCCUUUGUCAAAGCAAAUGCUGAUAUUCCCAAAACUCCCGGGAAAACGGAAAAGCCCACCCCUCGGCCUGGGAGAUACUGGAUCGAGACGCCGCAAGUCUAUACACAACGAGAUGAUGUGCCUCCUGCUGAAGACGUAUUUCAACGUGUACGUCUCGAUUGGCUGCUUCUCUUUGAUCUGCGGAUGUGGAAGAAGGUCAGGAUCGACCUUCGAUCGCUUUACAUCUCAACAGUGGUGUUAGUGCCGGAGUUCAAGCGCGUCUUGGCUUUGAGAUUCGCCAGUCUUUACACGAUACUAGCGCAGUUGUACUUGGUGGGUGACAGGGAACCAGAUCACUCCAUUAUCAACUUGUCGCUGCAGAUGUUGACAUCUCCGUCCAUAACCGCCGAAGUUGUGGAGCGAGGAAACUUUAUGAGCAGCUUGCUAGCCAUCCUGUACACCUUUUUGACUACUCGACAAGUUGGUCACCCGUGGGAUGUGUCUCCUGACGCCGUACUCGCGUUUGAAAGCGGAUCGGUGACCAACCGCCGCAUGUACCAUUUCUACCAAGAUUUGAAAUACCUCUUCGGAUGUCCCCACGUCCAAGAGCGAGUCAGAUCCGAGCCUCGAUAUUUGAUGCAGUUCCUGGACCUGGUGAAGCUCCACCAGUGCAUCGGGCCAAAUGUGCGAGCAGUAGUUGAGCAUGUUGAGUACGAGGCAGACUCUUGGAUAACGGCCUCGUUGGUCACACGGCAGAUCAACCUGCAAGCAAGGAAUUUAGUCGAGGCAUUCAGAGACUGUCAGCCCGACGAAAUACAUUAUCUCCAGGACGCAAUUCGCUUUACGGCAAAGACUGUGAUUUUGAACUCGACGGGCGCAGAACGUCACAGAUUCAAGCAAGGAGAGAUCAAGGACGAGGUCAAGUUCAAGACACUAAGCGACUUUGAGUUUGAUGCGGAGAACACUUCCUACCAAGUAGUCAAGUUCGUCGUUGAGAAGGAUUCCAUCAGCUUCCACCAUGCUCUGCACUACACCUUGUCCUGGCUUAUUGAAUGCGGUCGUUCACUUCCUGCAUCCGACAUUCGAACCUUGAUGAGCUUUACCGGCCAAGAACUUAGAUCAAAGCCAAGAUUGAUGGGACGGCCGCAGAUCCCAAGGAAGGAUUAUGACCCCGAGGACUACCUCAUGGCUGCCUUUGAUUUCCCUCUGCGAGUUUGCGCUUGGCUGGCGCAGAUCAAAGCCAAUAUGUGGGUUCGAAAUGGAAUAAGCUUGAGGCACCAAGCCAGCACAUAUCGAGGUGUUGGGCAGAGGGACGUAUCACACCACCGGGAUAUUUUUCUUCUUCAGACGGCAAUGGUUGUGUGCAAUCCAAGCCGAGUACUUGCAUCCAUCAUUGACCGGUUCGGUAUGGACGGCUGGGUGAAGGGGUUGUUUGAGCUCAAAUCCGAAGCGCAGGAUGACGCGCAACACCUUGACAUUGUUGAGGACAUGAUUCAUCUUCUCAUCGUCCUCUUGAGCGAUCGGACUUCACUCAUUGCCCCUGAAGAUGAGCCAAACUCAAGAAUUCUUGCAAUGCGACGAGACAUCACGCAUGUCUUGUGCUUCAAACCGCUAUCUUUCAACGAGAUAUGUGGUAAGCUGCCCGAAAGGUAUCAAGAGCAGGAGGACUUCCACCGAGUCUUGGACGAAAUGGCGACUUUCAAACCUCCCGAAGGCAUUUCUGACGUGGGCACUUUCGAGUUGCGUCAAGAAUUCAUCGAGGAGAUUGACCCCUACAUUGCACACUACAACAAAAACCAGCGGGAGGAGUCCGAGAUGGCAUAUCGCAAGAAGAUGGCCAAGAAGACUGGCAAGACAAUCGAAGAGAUCGUCUAUGAACCCAAGCACCGGCCUGUGCCAUCAGGCUUGUUUGAAAAUUUGGGGCAAUUCACAAACACCGGCAUGUUUGCCCAAAUCAUUUACUACUCACUUUUGUAUCCUCUUGUGGCCCAAAAGUUUACACCUUCUGUGCCAUUUACCCGGUUAGAGACGUUCUUACAAGUCGUUCUCCAUCUGACUCUCAUUGCAAUUCUCGAGGACAAGUCCAAUGAAUCGGAACCAGUUGCCGGACAGCCGUCAAACUCAUUUGUUCAAACUGCUCUCGCCACCGUGGCUCGCAGCAAUUUCAUGCCAGAGGCGAACAACUCUCGAACCAUUGUAUCUCUCCUGACCCUGAUGUCGAACAAGGACGAAUUCAAAGCGGUUCACCCCAAGAUUGCUCUAGUCUUGAGACGACUGAGGCAAAAGCGACCGCAAGCAUUCGAGUCUUCUUUUGUGAGCCUCGGCAUCCCGGUAGACCGUGUUGAUACCGCCUCUCCGGCCAACAAGUCGGUUGAAGAAGAGCGGGAAAGGCGGAAAAAGGCUGCCUUGAGUCGGCAGGCCAAGGUCAUGGCGCAGUUUCAGCAACAACAGAAAAGCUUUCUCGAGAACCAGGCAGGCCUCGAUUGGGGCUCUGACUUGGAUGACGAUGAGGACGAAAUGGGGCAGUCUGAGGACCGAAAGCAUAAUUGGAAGUAUCCAACGGGGACUUGCAUCUUAUGCCAGGAGGACGCAGACGACAGGAGGCUCUAUGGCACAUUUGCUCUUCUCAACGAAAGCCGCGUGCUCCGUCAAACUGACUUUCAGGACCCUGAGUUGGUAAGAGAAGCUUCGCAAACGCCCUGCAACCUCGAUCGAUCUGCCGAAGACAUUCGGCCUUUUGGAAUCGCGCAUGAGAAUCGUAGGAUGGUCGAGAAGCUAAAUAUAAACGGAGAGACGUUUCUGGCCGAACGCCAAACCAUUGGCAAGGGCUUCAAGGCCAACCUGUCCAGACCUGGCCCGGUUGCCAGCGGAUGUGGGCAUAUGAUGCAUUACCGAUGCUUUGAAAUGUAUUACGAGGCAACAAAUCGCCGGCAUACGCAUCAGAUUGCAAGACACCAUCCAGAAGACACAAGGCGCAACGAGUUUGUGUGCCCGUUGUGUAAAGCUCUCGGCAACGCAUUUCUCCCCAUUGUAUGGAAAGGACUGGAAGAAUCGUACCCGAGCUAUUUGCAACCCUCCAAAUCGUUUGGGGAUUUCCUUGACCUGAAGAUGGGUUCAGCAUAUUGGCUGCAAGGGGGUAAGGCCCCCGAGGUCGACUCGCCCAGGGUACCGAAUAUGUACACGCCGAGCGUACCAGGCAGUCUGGUCGAAAGUUUGACGAACCAGCAACCGGAUACAGAGAUUUCAUGGGGGAGAGACGACCCUGACUCGCAGUCUUCUGUGCUGGGAACACCGGCAAGCUCCUCAUUCUCCAACGCCGGCACGCCAGAGCCUGGUUACUCUUUGGCAGCUGCCGGGCCCAGCAGUCAACUUCUGGGAGACUUGAAGGCGGCAUAUCGACGGCUUCGAGAUACGCUGCGAAUGAAUGGGCUGCGCACUCGGCACCCAUUUGAUGUCAAGGCAACCGGGGGAGACGAGCUUUACUUCAGCGACACUCUUGUUCAAGUCAUCGGCUUCACCAUAUCAUCUGUGGAAAUCCAGCAACGCGGUGUCGAAGUCCAACCAGGCCUGACAUUAUUGGAUAAAAUCCCCGAACAAGUGCUCAUCCACUUGCGAGUUCUUGCGGAAACCGCUUCGUCUUACAUAGCCGUCGGAGCAGGCCAUACAGACGGAGCUCCCAAUCGUAUCGUAGACGAGUUCACCAUCGACAGCGAGAGACAGCACUGCCAGCUAUUCGUGUGUCGAUAUGUUGGGAACCAGGACCUGCUAGCGGCUACUUCUGUUCUUCGGCCUCUGGACGCCUAUCGCCCCUUGCUAAGCCUUGAUCCAUUCACUUUCCUGGUUGAAUGCGCAUAUGGCCUGGUCCCUGCCUACAGCGCCGAGAUUUCUCAUCUGCUCAGGCUAUGUUAUCUGGCGGAACUUGUCAAGGUCGUCUUCCACAUGGGACGAAACAUUCCAUUCAGCAUGUGGAUCGAGGGACUUGCCGGCAAGCAAUCGCAGGAUGCGGCCAUGAUCAACUUUGCCAACUUUGCGCUUGCAAUCACCAAAUGCGGGAUGGAACUCGAGGUGGCAAACUUUGGCAAGACCAGCGACAAUGAGGAAGAGAAUAAGGGCUUCCAACAGCCGGGCGUGGAUAGUCUGGAAGGCUGGUACACCUUUGUGAAGAAGUAUGCGCUGACUUUUUUGCGGAAAAGUGUGGUCUUCUUGUACGUCAAGUACGGUGUCGACUUCAACAGCCAUGUUUCGUCAGGCCAGGAUGCAGAUUCGGACGAGCUUGAUCGACUGACAGAGGCUCUCCGUCUGCCCAGUUUUGACGAAAUGUGCGCCUCUGUGACGGAAAAUGCCUCUGCGUGCGGCUGGCCGAUGACAACGUCCGACCUGGUUUCAGGCUGGAUCAAGCACCAAGUUGUUUGGCCAAACGGAUACGGGGACAUGAGCGAAUCCGCUCUGGUCAGCCAUCCAGGCAUUUUCGAACUGAUCGGACUCCCCAAGACCUACGACACGCUGAUUGAAGAGUCAAUCAGGAGAAGGUGCCCAUCUACCGGCAAGGACCUGACAGAUCCUGUCAUUUGCCUGUUCUGCGGCGAAAUCUUUUGCAGCCAGAGCAACUGUUGUCAGAAGCCGGAGACUGUCGGUCGGGAAACGACGAAGAUUGGCGGUGCACAACAGCACAUGCGAAGGUGCCAAAAGAAUAUCGGAGUAUACUUGAACGUACGGAAGUGCUCGAUAGUGUACCUUUUCCGACAAUCUGGGUCAUACGCGCCAGCGCCUUAUAUCGACAAAUACGGCGAGACGGAUCCUCAGCUGCGUCACGGCCGACAGCUCUUCUUGAACCAAAAGAGAUAUGACUCGAUGAUACGGAACACAGUACUGAACCACGGUGUGCCGAGUCUUAUCAGCCGCAGGUUGGAGGCUGAGAUUAACAAUGGAGGUUGGGAUACCCUGUGA